AUGGUUUCCACAACUUCUCCUCCGGCAACAACUCUGACAAAGUUUACGUCAUCGGACUAUGCCGAGGAGACAUUACUCUCCGACGCUUUGGAGAAAGAUGAGUUCAAGAAUGUGUUGAUGCAGAUGAUGAGUUAUCUGACAGAAAGGGCUGCUUCCAGAGACUCGCUUCGGAAGUUUGCGGUGGCGAAUGCUAGUGGUCCGGGCAAUCAAACCAUAUAUGGUCUUGCACGGUGCACGCCAAACUUGUCAAACAAGGAUUGUGACAUUUUCCUGACUGGGGCAUUCUCUGAUAUUUCUAAAUGUUGUGACGGAAAAAGAGGUGGUCGGGUGGUCCCACCCAGUUGCUACAUUAGAUUUGGACUUGAUAGCUUCUUUGACGCUUCUACAUACAAUAAUGCACAACCAUUUAUGCAGUCACCGUUGCCUCAUCCCGCCUCCCAACAAGCUGAAGCUAAGGAUGCUGCAGACUCAUUGCAAAUGGACUUUGAAACCAUCAGAAUGGCAAUAAAUGAUUUUGCUGGUGCAAAUAAGCUUGGACAAGGUGGAUUAGGAGCCGUUUACUUGGUAAGAUACUAG